ACCUUCAAAAUUCACUUAUUAAAUGAUUUUCUGAACAAAACAUUUCUUUCUCCUUUGUAUCGUACCAUAACUAACAAUAGGAACUAACUAUAAAAAGACAUUUCUGAACCACCGAUCCACAAUGACCCGUUUAUAUUUAACAGGUCACUGUAUGGAUGCUAAGACGUCCAUUUGACUCUGGCCCACGACUGACGCUCAAACCAUUCCAUGGUAUUUAACGAAAAGCGAGCAACACGAAUGUGGGCGUCGGUAUAUAACCGCACGAUAGUGUAAAAGUUGGGUUUGUCUGCACUUAUAUAGUCGCUGAGGAGUGACUGUUUUCUUAACCCUACCCUAUUAGAAAGGAUAAACAGGAAUGGACCCGUGAAUGGAAAAGGCUGGUACUUGCGAUUAUGAUGAAGGAAUAUUCACUAGUAUGAUUACACAUAGGUCCUACUAAACCGAAAAUUUGAGAAUGUUGGAUAUGUCCAAAGAAUAUCCUGACAUAAUCGUUUGUGAUUGUAAACGAAACUUGUAACCAUGGUUUUCCUUGUAUAAUUUUCAUCAUGCUCGCUUAGAUGAGUAGUUUAAUAUGGGUAAGCUAUACUCGGUUUUAAACGAGGAAGGAAAUGUCGGACCUUCACCUUAAGCCUAGAACGGUUUUGCACUUUACCAAAUUCUCAACAUUUCUGUUGGAAUUGUGAGAAUGCUGCGUAGGAAGCGUGAUCGCAAAAAUGCUGCCAAGGAAAAUGAAAUGGCAAUCGAUAAACCAUUAGAAGUUAAGCGAGCACCUACCAAAAACCGCCCACAUCAUGAACCUCCAGUAUCUGUUGUCAUCACAGGUCAUUCAAAAGCUUCAGAAGAUGAUUUGAUCAGUUUUGUUUGGAGAAAAGCAAAAGUACGUCUUAUGAAUCUCGUUCUUACUCCCGCUUCUGCUACAGCAGUUGUGAGAAGUCAGGAUUUUGCAAAGCUAAAUGGAUUGAACGGUACUGCCUUUGCUGGUGAUCGACUGGCCAUUCGAAGUAUCACUGGAUCUUCUCCCGCUGCUUCUGCAUUGAAAAAAUCAAAAUCGAAGCGACCACGUCAGUUGGCUUCCUCAAGAUCAACGUCUGCUUUGCGUUCUCUUUCUUCUUCUUCACAACCAGCCGAUCAGGCAAAAAGCUCGUCAGCACCACCAUCUUCUUCUACAAGCAAUACUAUUGAGAAGUUGAAGCAAUUCCUUGUGUCUCGUUACCAUUCUGAAAGUAAGUUCUUAGAUCUAGGGAGUUUACAACAGGAUGCUCUUUUGAAAGAAAUGGGAAUUCUGGCAGAAGCUUCUACAAAAAGUAAAAUGUUUCCUGCUUUAAUGAAGGUUGCAUCGCUUCAAUUUUCUGAUGUUAUAUCGGUCAAUCUAUCUGAUAAUAACAUUGACUCCGUAGCUUCGGUCACCACUCUUGCACAGACUUGGCCUCAUUUGUUAAAUUUGAGUCUCGCGAAUAAUCGAAUUUCCACACUCAAAGACCUGGAGCCUUGGGCCCCCAAAACGAAAUUUCCAGAUUUGCAAGAGUUGGUCUUAGUAGGUAAUCCAAUAUCUCAAACCACCUAUGCAAACCAACUUUUGCAAUAUCAAUCGGAGAUGGUUACAAGAUUUCCCAAACUCCGAUUACUUGAUGGGAAUCCUAUUCUCCCAGAAGUUUUGGCUGCUCAUACUUCUUUACCUUUUCCAGCCUUUCCGCCCUUCUUUGACAAACCCGAAACUCAGCAGCUCAUCUAUCCUUUUCUUGAGGCUUUUUUUAAAGGUUGGGAUUCCGAUCGUGCAGCUGUUAUUCGGCAGGUAUAUAGCCCUCAGGCUACGUUUUCCGUUUCUUUAAACUCAAGCAACAUUCGGUCUAAGGCUCCAUCUUCUAAAUCUGAUUCGUUGAAAUGGGGCAUUUACAAAAAGAAAAGUAGAAAUCUAUUACAUGUGCGAUCAAUUGAUGAACAGUCAUCACGGUCGCACACUGGACAAGAAGCCAUCGUUGCCGCCGGAAACGCCUUACCCAAAACUCGACAUGAUAUGUCGGAUUCUUCACAAUGGCUAAUUGAAGGAUGGAAUUUGAUACUUCCUUCUAUUGGAAGCGCUAUUAAAAUAAUAGUACAUGGAAAAUUUGAAGAACCUCAAAAUAAAAACCUCACAAGAAAUUUUGAUCGUGUCAUCGUCAUAUUACCUGGUGGACCCACAGGUGUCUUAGUUGUCAACGACAUGUUAAUUGUGCGCUCCUACGUUGGGUCAUUCUCUUGGAUUUCUCAAACGAAUCCUACUCCAAAUCCUGUACCAAAUACGUCUCCGCAAAUGCAGCAGGCUGGUCCAGCUGCAUUACCUACCCAAGACAUGCAACAACAAAUGGUUAUGAAGCUCAAGCUGGAGACGGGAUUGAACGAUCAUUUUUCUAGAAUGUGCUGUGAGCAGAAUAAUUGGAACUAUUCACAAGCCAUGACUUCAUUUUUAGAAUUAAAAAACCAAGGAGUCAUUCCGCCGGAAGCAUUUGCUUAGAUUUUUGGGUAUGGAAAGUAGGAUUAUCUUCAUUCGGGAAAGAUUACGAGAAAAGUGAUUAUAUAUUUAUGAACAUCUAUUUACAACAUGGUCGUGGUCUAAAGUAAAACAAAAUAAUGCAAUAAUGUAAAAAAUAAAUAACGUAAAGCCCUGCUUUUUUAUCUGCUAAAGUAAGAUACUAAUCUGGUCCUCAUCCUCAAUUUCUAGAUUUUCCAAAGUAUCCUUUGGUUCUAACCAAUCUCCUUCAAAUUCUAGUCGUAUGCCCUCAUGAAACGAAAUUUCUGUUUGAUUACAAUACUUUCGAAUGAUAUCUUCUACCGAAGUAUUCACAGGUAUCGAAAGGCGGACAUCUUGUCCUUUUUUGGGUCGAACCAAAAUAGAUAUAAUUCGUUUCAAAGGAAUUUCUUUUGGCUCUUCGCUUGAAAGAAGCUUAGCUUCUUCUUGCGCCCUUUGCUGCUGAAGGAGUUCAUAGUCUUCCUUGUGAUAGGCGUGGAUUACCAAUCGAGUAUCUAUUUUCAACAUUCCAGCACCUUUAGGGGUACCAAAAUCCCAAAGCUUUCGAUUUUGGAAGACAAAAACAACAUCUUGAAUGCGCUUUCUCGCCGUGUAUGCAUCUCGUACCCGGCGAAACUGUUGGUUAGAUUUUACCUUAAAGAGAAGUGGUGAUUCCCAAUCCGACGGUAGAAACGUGGUACUUCCAGGGACCUUUUGUCCAAUGAUAGCCAAUUGUAAUAUAACUGGUACGUGGUCUAUUUGUGGUGAAGCGAGCGGUUCAUUUGGAGCCAGGUUUGACGAGUCAGUUUGGGGUAGGCUAUGAGUCCUCAAUCCGGAAGCAGUAGCUGUAGUGUCAGCAUUUUUGGAGGGGCUAAUAUCACGUAAGCGAAUAUUUGCAUUAGACUCCGUUUGAUCCUUUGAUACAUUUCGAAAUUCUUUCACUUGACGAUCUAACUCUUCAAGUCGUUUAGUAAAGUCAUCAUCGAGAAAAGGAGUUGGUGGUGUAUCAACGGUGUUGAGGCUAUUGCUGCGAAUAACAGAAGUGGCGGCUCUCGUCGCAUAAGGAUGUAGACCAUGUUCCAAAUCUAUUGAGCCCUCUUUGUUUCUCAAUGGGUCGCCAUCAUGUCUACGUGGAGAACCAGCAGAUAGUAAAGUAGACGAAGCAGUAGGCUCCGUCUCCGCGCUCGUCAGAGUGGACGUCCUAGAGGGAUGUUUACUUUCGGAACGGAUGUGUUUCAGAGGCGGCAUUUCGAAAGAGGGCUCUUGAUCUGAAUUUUCAUCUACAGAUUGUUAGUAAACGAACUUUUUGUGUUGCAACAUUCAAACUUCAACUUACCCGAGUCGGACAAGGAAUGGCUUAAUCGUUUUGUGACAUUCAAAGGCGGCUUUUUAAUUGGUUUUGUAAAAAAUGCUAGAUCAUCAUCAUCUUCCUGCAUCUCAUAGAAUUGAGUAAAAAUGCUCUAUACAACAGUAAUAACUUUUGGUAAAUAAAGAAGUACAGUGUGAUUUGUUAUUGCUUAUAUUGAGGUAUAAGCAAUUACAUUAGUAAAUAAAGAAGAUAAAAAUUAAAUGAAUUUAAAAAAAAAGGUG